AAAAAAACAUGGAUGUCUUCUUUCGCUAUAUCACUGAAAUAAUAAUAAUAAUAAUGUAAGACCGAAAAAUCUCAGUUGGUAGAAAGUGAAAAAUAACCGCAAGUUCUGAUGAAGAGUGUGAGUUUACAAGCUGUAACCGCCAAGUUUGCCCAGUACAUGCACAUAAACAUUAAAACUAGAAAGACCCACUUCAUUACUUGCUACAUACAAAGCCUUUAUAACCACCCCAUUAGUUAGUCAUUUGCAAACCGUUUGAAACACUCGUCAUUUGAAUUUCUGAAGAAACAGCGAAAAACCAUGGCUUAUAUUUAUGCAAAUUAUUUGGUUUUUAAGUUCAUUGUAUCAACUCUGGUCUCCAUAACAUUCUCAGCAUCUGUAAUAGAUGACCUUAAAAACCUUAACCCACCUCUAGAUUUCAACUCUACCAUCAUCAACAACUGCCACAAUAACCCUUCUCUUAGAUACUGCAGUUCCUCUCCCAUGGAUCUCGAUGAAAUCUUCAAGUUCACCAUUGUUGGCAGCCAUCUCUGCAAGGAAUCCAAGAAUCCCAAUUGUGUUGAGUCCUUUCCAAAGAUAGACCUCCAAAACCGCCCAAUGAUUGCUCCACUUUACUUGUCUUUCAGCUUCUUUUGGAAGUAUUGCCCUUUAGAUGUCCUCUCCGUUGACUUGUCCAAUGCUUCUCUAAAGGGUAGUUUUCCAAUGGAAGUCCUCCAUUGCACCCAAAUACAAGCUCUUGAUUUGAGUUUCAAUGAACUUUCUGGGGAGUUCCCAGUAGAGAGUUUCUCUCCACUAACCAACCUCACAGUUCUUAAUUUGUCAUACAAUCAUUUUCUGGAGAGAAUAGUCUCUGAAACUGAGUUCUUCAAACGAUUUAAUGCUUCUGGUUUUCUUCAUUCGGGUAUACUCCCUGAUCACAAGAUGUUUGGUAUCAAACUUAUGUCCAUGUUGGUUGGUUUUCCAAUAUUUGUGAUUCUUGUGGUGGGAUGCCUUGGAUGGGCUUGUCUCAACAGGCCUGAUUUUCUCCCAAGAAUGCUUCAAAGUCAACACAAGUUUACUCCAUCAAUGCUCAAGGCAGCAACCAACGGGUUUUGCAAGAAGAAUUUGGUGGGGAAGAGUGAGGCAGUUAAUAUCUACAGAGGGACUCUGAGAGAUGGCACUGAAGUAAGGAUUGAGAUCUACAUUAGUGAUGACAUCUCAAGGGAAAACUACAACAAGUUCAUCAACGAAUGCAAGGUUCUGGUCCAGUUACGCCACAAGAACAUACUUCAAGUACUGGGCUGGUGUAACAAUCGCCGCCGGUUCAGGGCUGUUGUCACCGAAUGGGUUGAAGGGCAAAAUGUUGAGAUGUUGAUAGAGUGUUCAAAUCCUCCGUGGAAGCAUAGGCUAAGACUAAUGAUGGGGAUUGUGAAAGGAGUGUGUUAUCUUCACGAGAAUUGGCCAGAGGUCGAUUAUGAUCUCAAGGCAAGUAGUGUGUUGUUGUCUAGCAAUUUAGAGCCACUAAUUUCAAGGUUUCAGAUUGGAGAACAAAAGAACAGCACAAGAAAGAUUUACAAGCUUGGAGAAUUCCUGCUGGAGAUAAUAGUGAACAAGAAAUUACUGGAAGAAUUCGAAGGAGGAGAAACUGGUUUGAUUGACCAUAUCAGAAUGCAUUAUCCUGGAAACCUGCACAAGGUUUUGGAUGAGAAGAUGAAACUAACAGAGAAUGCCUUCGAUCAAGCGAAACAGAUAAUAGGAUUAGGCUUAAUGUGCACAGAUCAAACAAGCUACAAACAAUUGAGCUUGAAACAGGUUUUUGAUAUCAUUAGUAGAGCCUACGAGUCUGUCACCGUUUUGGUUUCUCCUGAUCAGAAAAGAUCACACCGAGAUAGAGACAAAGAGAGCAAGCGAAUUCAAUUCAGAUGAACCUUUGUUUUGUGAAACUCUGAACAUCCAUGAGCCUCUUACUGUUGAUAUCUCUAUAUUCUAGUGUGUAUCUGCUGGAAAUUA